GUACAAAUGUUGCAGCAACAAGUAGGAGUUUUAGCUGAGAAUCAGGUGAACUCGGAUGACCGGUUUUCUCGUGUCAAGCAGGACAAUGCUGCGUACCAAGCGAGAGUGGUGAUGUUAGAAGAGCAACUCCGGGAGGCAGAGAUGCGACAUGAGGAACGGCUGGCAGAGGAACAGAGGAGGAACCGGGAGCUUGUAACACGUAUAGAACGAGAAAAGCAGCUUACUAUAGAAAAUUACACCAUCAAGUUAGCUAGUGUAGAAAAAGAGAAGAAAGCUGUAGAUGAUGAUUACAGACGUUCAAAAAGUCAGUUAGAAAAGUUACAAAAAGAGAAAGAGGCUUUAGAAGAUCGUGUAUCAGAAGCAGAGUUUUCUGCAUCAGCACUCCAUCAGGAAAAUGGAAAAUUGGCAGAGCUCUCAAGGAGAGAAAAGGAAGAAAUUAAAGUUGAGAGAGAGAGAAGUGCUCAGGUAAUAGAAGAAUUACGGUGUGAAAUAGAACGCCUACGGACAGCUGAGGAAACUGCCAGGAAACGGUCACCCAGUGUUGACCCUCAGACUGCCCAGACUGCAGAGUUGCAAGCUACUAUCAGGCAACUCAGAGAAGAGAACAAGAAUCUUGUUGAGCAAGUGGAAGAUCUUCAAGCUCAGUUGUUAACCUCCCGAUUAGAAGAGGGACGCACACUAGUCACAGCUACAAACAAUAACUCGUUGGCUGCUGAAUUUGAGGCCAUGACUAGUGAAGAGGGUGCACUCUAUGGCAGUGACACAGUCGAGAAGCUCAAGAAAUCUCUGAAGGAUGCGCAAGAAGCCAACCAGCAUCUCCGAUCAUACAUCGACGGAAUCCUCCUUAACAUUGUAGAAAACUACCCACAGCUUCUUGAAGUCAAGCAGAAAUAGUAUAUAAACAAGAUUUGAGCUUUGUUAUAUUACCAUCAUUAUUCCAUUGUCACGAUUGUUACAGUUUCUUUUUUUAUUAUUAUUAUUAUAUGUAUGUCUGUCUGUCUGUCUGUCUGUCUGUCUGUCUGUCUGUCUGUCUGUCUGUAUGU